AUGAGUGCAUUCUUGCUGCUUCAAAUUGCCCCUGAAGAUGCUGGGCGCGGCGCUUGCCGCAUUGCCUCGUCGUUUGAACUGACAUUUGCCACGGCGCUGGCCAUGCUGUUUUCUAGCGACGGCGCUAACCACAGUGAUGCACGCGUGGUCACUGGAAACUUCUUUUUCACCCCCUCAGUGGAGGCUGUGAUAGUAGCCACGAUGCCGGCGGAACUCAAGCGAGAAGCUGGGGAGAAGAGGGAGGCGGCGGCGGAGACUGGCGCAGCUGCUGCGACGCCGGAGCCGACAACGGCGAAGGAGGCUGAGCAAAGACCAGAGGAGACUCCGCAAGACGACGAGGACGACGAGGGCGAGGAGACAGGGCCUGCCGCAGGCGAGCAGAAGAAGAAAAAGAAGAAGAAGAAGAAAAAGUCCGGCUCCUCUGGCGGAGGUGACAAGGGCGUCGUGCAGCCUGGCGCUGCGGCCGUGGCUGCAGCCAAGAGGCAAUCUGAGGAAAACUCAAAAAUCUUGCGUCGCGUGAAAGAAUGGACAUCCUUCUCUGAUAAGCAAACGUGGCCCCCCACGAAGCCCAUGCACCAAAUCUUCACGGAUGGACUCUACCCUGAAGGAGAACUCCGCGAAACAAAGCGUAAAACCGCUGCAGAGGAUAGAGAGGCUGUUCGCUUGGAGGCCGUGGACAUCCAGGCGAUGCGACAGGCCUCCGAGUGCCAUCGCCAGGUGCGCCGGUACAUUCAAGGAAUCGCCCGCCCAGGCGUGAAGCUGAUUGACUUGUGCCAGACACUCGAAGCGAAAACGAAGGAACUCGUCGACGCGUACAAGCUCGACCGCGGCUGGGGCUUCCCUACGGGCUGCUCUUUGAACCACUGCGCGGCGCACUACACCCCGAAUCCGGGCGACAACCGCGUCCUCGAGCAAGGUGAUAUCUGCAAGCUGGAUUUCGGGGUUCAAGUCGGCGGGCGCAUCAUCGACUGCGCCUUCACCAUCGCCUUCGACGAGAAAUUCGACACCCUCAUUCAAGCGACUCAGGACGGCACGAACGUCGGCAUUUCGCAUGCGGGCGCAGACGCGCGUCUGUCGGAGAUUGGCGGCUACAUCCAAGAAGCGAUUGAAAGUUACGAAAUGGAAAUCGACGGAAAGAUGGUUCCCAUCAAACCUAUUCGCAACCUCACGGGUCACUCCAUCGACCUGUACAGAAUUCAUGCUGGCAAGGCCGUUCCAAUCGUGAAGGCCGCUUCAGGGCAAAUGAGCAACGCGCCGACGAACUUCAUGGAGGAAGGCGAAGUAUAUGCGAUUGAGACUUUCGCAUCUACGGGUCGCGGGCAUGUCACUGAAGAGGGCGAGUGCUCACACUACAUGAAAGACGCCAAUGCGCACUUUGCCGCUCUUCGACUUAAGAGCGCGAAAGAUCUGCUCAAAGUCAUCGAAGAAAAUUUCGGGACUCUGGCUUUCUGCCGGCGGUGGCUAGAAGAUUUGGGGUGCCCACAUCACUUGUUGGCGCUCAAGCAGCUUGUUGAGAAGCAGAUUAUCGUUCCCUAUCCGCCACUCAGCGACGUGAAGGGGUCCUUCACGUCUCAGAUGGAGCACACCAUUUUCAUUGGCCGCCAGUCCGUCGAGGUUGUCUCACGAGGCGACGAUUUCUAA